AAGUAUCCAGAGGCCCCCGACUUUAUCCGCAGUCCUCGCUCUCGCUCUCGCUCUCGCUCGGUGCCGCCGCCGUUGCAUUUGGCAUGCCCAUGGCCGUGGCAAUGGCCGCCAGUGGUGCCGCCGGGAAAGCCCUCUUUUCCGCUUCCUCCUCGUUAUUCUUUUCGCGCACCUUCCGCUCCUUCUCCAAUCCCCGCCUCCCGCCACCGCCUAGGCUUUUCCCUGUGCUCGCCCGCCCUCUAUGCCUCUCCUCAAUUCCCGCCUCCGCAGCCUCCACGACUACCGUCGAGCCUGAGCAGGCAGUGAAACCCCUCCUGCACUCGGUCCUUCUUGAGCGCCUGCGCCAUCGGCAUCUCAAGGACCAAGCCAAGGGAGCCGUCCAGUCGCGAGCGUCGUCCCCUUCCUCGCUCCCAAAGCCUGCGAAUGUUGCGGCCAGGAAGAAGAUCAAGGAUACACGGAGCAAUACGGUGGAGAGCUUUGAGGAAUUGGACCUCAGUGACGAGGUGAUGGGGGCCGUGAAGGAGAUAGGCAUCUCUGUGCCUACCGAGAUCCAGUGCAUCGCUGUGCCUGCGAUUCUCGAGGGUAAAAGUGUGGCUUUGGGCUCUCAUACUGGUUCUGGGAAGACCCUGGCAUAUAUGUUGCCUAUAGUCCAGUUGAUGCGGCAUGAUGAAGAAGUGUCUGGAAAGUUGAUGAAAUCCAAGCGUCCCAGAGUGGUGGUACUUUGUCCUACGAGGGAGUUAUGUGAACAGGUUUUCCACGUAGCAAAGUCCAUUAGCCACCAUGCACGCUUUAGAUCUACGAUGAUCAGUGGAGGUGGCCGAUUAAGACCCCAAGAGGAUUCACUAAGUGAACCAAUUGAUAUGGUUGUUGGAACCCCAGGGAGAAUUCUUCAGCAUAUCAAUGAAGGAAACAUGGUGUAUGGGGACAUAAAGUACUUGGUGUUGGAUGAGGCUGACACAAUGUUUGAUCAAGGUUUUGGUCCUGACAUACGCAAGUUUCUUGGUCCCCUAAAGAGUCGUGCAGAAAAACCCGGUGACCAAGGUUUUCAAACUGUUUUGGUGACUGCAACAAUGACCAAGGCUGUGCAGAAAUUGAUUGAUGAAGAAUUCCAGGGAAUAAUUCAUUUAAGAACUUCUAGUUUUCAAAAGAAAGUUGCAUCUGCUCGACAUGACUUUAUAAAGCUUUCUGGUGCAGAAAAUAAGCUUGAAGCUCUUCUACAGGUUCUUCAGCCAAGUUUGGUAAAGGGUAACAGGGUAAUGGUAUUCUGCAAUACUUUGAACUCAAGCCGUGCUGUCGAUCAUUUCCUUGGUGAGAAUCAAAUAUUCACCGUAAAUUACCAUGGCGAGGUGCCUGCAGAAGAAAGAGUCGAAAAUCUGAAAAAGUUUAAGAGUGACGAUGGAGAUUGUCCUACUUUGGUAUGUACGGAUUUGGCUGCUAGAGGACUUGACCUUGCUGUGGAUCAUGUUAUCAUGUUUGAUUUUCCCAAAAACUCAAUCGAUUAUCUUCAUCGGACUGGAAGAACUGCUCGUAUGGGUGCCAAAGGCAAAGUGACAAGCCUAGUUGCAAAGAAAGAUCUGCCUUUAGCCACAAAAAUUGAGGAAGCGUUAAAGAAAAAUCAAAGUUUGGAAUCACUCAGUAUUAACAGUGUGAAAAGAGAUGCUGCUAUAUCAAGACAGAUUAAUAAGACAUACAAAAUGAAGGUUUUGUCCAAGCCUUCAUCCAAAAUCGGCAAAAAGGAUUCUGCUUCCCCAAACUCACUAGCUAGUAAGAAAGGAGUCGCUGCUUCUCCGAGUAAAACAAAGAAGGGUAUCACUCUCUCGAGGGCGAAUAAAUCCUCCGGUGCUUCGAGAAGGGAAUCACCUAAAGGCAACAAGCUUCGCCAGACUAAAACAUCUGGUGCUAAAAAAGCUCCUACAUCUAAACUUAGCGUUGUAGGCUUCAGGGGCCGUAGUUCUGCUGGCAAAAAUGCCGCUUCUAAAAAUUCCACUAGGAGAUCAACCUGAAGUCUAAAGACAUUUUUGGCUCCUUUUCGAGGUGAGUUCUGCUUGGUCAUUUGACACUAACAGAAUCAUAAAGAUUAUCAAUGCCGUCAUUCAUAUGUAUAUAAUCUCGGUGUCUCGGUUACGAGCAAAAUCGAGACGCUUGCAGGUUUCUCGAUUUUUCAAGUUGUUUUGGUAUUUUUCUUAAAAUGCCAUAUGGCAGGUAAGGUUAGGAGAACCACCAAGUUGCUCUUUACCAUUGUUCAUGUAAGCAGUUACUGAAUUUAUCUCCUGAUUGUUUAUCCAUUUAGUGAGCUGAUUACAGAAUUAAAAUGAGUAUAUUUGGUGGAUCAA